CUAGCCGAGUUUCAGAUAAAUACACCCAUGCUUUUUGAAUAUAAAUAAAGCUCGCGAUUCAUUCAUAUAUUCUUUCUUUGCGUUAUUGCAUACAAGCUGAAAACAUGAAGGUUAUCUCUGCUGUUCUCUUUGCUCUUGGCUCUUUUAUGGUCAAAUCUACUGUUGAAGGCUACCACAUAAUGGACAACUAUCCAUCUCGUAACUGCCACUCUGGUCCAAUGGGUGAUGACAGACUUCAAAUCUGCUGGAAGGCUUGCUUUUUUGAGAAGCCCAGAUGUCCUACAGGCUGGGAACCAGACAGAGUAGGCCACUGCUGGACCUGUUGUCGUAAAGAAGACGAUGAAGACUACGAAUGAAUCCAAAAGUACAUGUUACUCUUUAACAAUAAAGUACACAUCUUUCUUUCCAAAUUGGUACGAAAUUGUCUUUU